GUGUCUUCUUUUUCAUAUUUGUGAAUUUAUUCAUUUACCGCCAAUACAAGCGCUUUGUGCCUGCCGAAAUGGCAAGACAAGCGCUGAACAGAUCGCAAAAGCAGACGACAGCAAACAGACCAUAACUAGCGCCACUCUGCUCGUACGUUCUUUCCCUAGCGGCAAAAGGGGCGAACUAGACGAGGCGUGCUGGAGGAGGGAGAUCUGUGCAGGUCUGGAGUUCAGUAGGUCGUGGUAGUGAGAGACUCAAUGCUCGCGCCCGCUCUUACUCGCGCCUGCGCACAAACGACUGGCGAACCCUCAAAUAAAUGUCUCGUACAUUUUCCUUGCUCUAUCAUCAUCAUCACGCCAAAGUGUCACGUGCAAGAUGGCGACGCCUUGAGUAUGUGGUGCUUCCUCAGCUGAUUCAGACUUGCAAAUUUGGACCCCGAAACUGAAAAGAAGUAACCAAGUAAGAACGCUUUCCAAUCCCCGCCAAAUUUAUCAGCUGAUGCAAGCACCCUGGCCUCCCCUCGCCAUGUCAUCGUAGCGCUCUUCCUUCGCUCGCCAACGAGCGACGCUGAAGUAGCGGCGAUGGACAGCAAAGACUACGACCACACGAAAAACAUGACGCUCAUGUUCUUCCUCGACCGACUGAUGGAUAAGGGUCAGCCGCGGACCCUGCACGACUUGUCUUGCCAGUUCGGCACCAAAGGGUUCACCAAGGAGAUGCGCCAGAUCGCCGGCGGCAGCCAGUCGGGCCUGCGCAAGUUCCUGCAGCAGUACCCGUUCCUCUUCACCAUCGAUGGCGACCAGGUGUCGGUGACGAGCUUCGAAGGUGACAGUUCGGGAAGCUCGCCGCAGCGCGACUAUGUGCAGGAAGCCAUCGACUAUUUUCGCGCCAAACUGGAGCAGUACGGCAAUGCCGAGGUGCCCAUCAAGUCGCUGCUGGGACACCGGUCGCAGGCGACGCCCGAGAUCAGGCACGUUUCGGGCCAGCACGGAAGGGAGUUUCGGGACUUUCUGGCGAAGCACUCGGAUGUGUUUGUGGUGAAGGAGGAGCAUGUGGUGCUGCGCAGUGUCCUCCAGAAUGCUGCCCAGGGGGAUGCAGUCAUCAAGGUGGCAGAGGAGGCCCCCCUGGACUCUGGUUUGCGUGAUCAGCUGACAUGUAUCUUUGAGGCCUUCCUGCGAUCACGGGGUGGGUCGGCCAGCCUCGAUGCUCUGUAUGGACACCUGACAUCACGCUUCAGCCGCGACACCUACUCACGCAUGAUGCAGAGUCCCCAGGAUCUGUCAGCAUUCCUGCGCAUGAAUACCCACCGUUUCCAGAUACAGGCCAGUGUGGUGACCCUGCUUGAGAGGACAGAACCUGUGGCAGCUACAUCAUCAUCAUCAUCGCGUGGCAGCAUCCAGCAGAGGCUCAAAUCGCACAUCCUCAAGGCAGUGGCUGACAACUCAGCCAUGGACCACAAGAUUGCCAGUGUGAACUCAGCUCGUGAGCAAGACCAGACCCUGGGUGACAUGCUACGAGGAGUGCGCGUGAUCACCAAGGUGAAAGAGUGUGAGGCACUAGUGUCGCGGCUGAGCAGCCAGCACCAGUUGGUUGCUGUGGACGCUGAGGGUGUCAACCUUGGUCCCCAAGGUCCGCUCACUCUGGUGCAGCUGGCUACCCCUGUGGGUGAGGUGUUCCUCUUCGAUGUACAGUCGACACCCCAGCUCUUUGCUGAAGGACAUUUGCGAGAUAUCCUGGAGGCCGAGCACAUCACAAAGGUGAUGCAUGACUGCAGGAACGACAGUGCAGCCCUCUUCUUCCAGUUUGGCAUCAAGCUGCAGAAUGUGUUUGACACCCAGGCAGCACACGCAGCUCUGCAGCAGCAGGAUGUUGGCAAGCCUGUGCACAAGGUGAAGAAUGUGUCCUUGGGGACCCUUUGCGCUCUCUACAGUGGGCCAGCCAAUCCACGCCGAGACCAGGUGAAGAGCCUGUACCGGCGGGACCAGAAGUUCUGGAGCCGGCGACCCCUGAGUGAGGACAUGGUGUUCCAUGCGGCCUUUGAUGUGUUCUGCCUGCUACCCGGUGUGUACGGAGCCCUGCGGGGAGCCUUGCGACCUGAGUCAGAGCCACUCCUGUGGGCCCUUUGUGAGGAGCAGGCCUUGGCACACAUAAGCCCUGAUGAGGUAAAGCAGCGCAAGAAGCAGCGCAAACUAGACCACGAGGUGGAUGAUCUGCGCCGGCGCUUGGAUGCUGCCCGGCAUACGCAGCGCCAGGUGGUGCUGAGCAACCGUGAGAUACGCCUUCUCAGGUACGUGAACCUAAGUGAAGAGGAGUGUGCACGCAUCGAUGGAAAUCCCAAGGUGGCUCGGAAACUUGAUCGCCUACGGAACCGUGGUGUGGGAGCAGCAGGGAGUGGUGCCACCGAUGGCUUGCCAGGUGCCGGUGAUGAGGAUGAUGAAGAGGAUGAUGAUGCAACCGAGUCAGAGUCUGAGUCUACCGAUUCUGACCUGCCGAGGUCUGGUGACUGGAGCUGUGAUUCGCUGGGUGCAGCAGUGUCACCCAGCCACUCAUUGGAUGGGCCAAAGGCACCGACCCCCGUGACAGCCAAUGGGCAUGCUUCGGAGAACAGCUGCUGCUGCUGUGGAGAAUGCCGGACGCCGAGAGAGGGUGUGGACGUAGCCUGUCAAACACUUUCCACGGGUGACAUUGUCAUAACUAAGGUGUUCUUUGAAGAACAGGAGCAUGGAGGGAAAACAAUCAUCCAGUGACAACAGCCUUUGAGGAACCAGUGAACUAUGUGCACCUGGGAGUUGUUUAUGAUAUUGCAUUUAGGAGGUGUUUCCUCAACAGCCGCCGGUGAACUACAUAAUAGCCCAGAGAUAUCUCAUGGGAUAGACCAGUGAAUGAGUGUUACCUUUUGCUACACAAUGCUGUGAGAGUUUUCAAGAAACCCGAGGGAGUGAAUGGCCCAUCAGUUCAGAAGGAGUUCCACAAAUGCUCAAGAAAGAACUGCCACAAUGCCUGCCAUGUUCUUGCGAGGUAUCCUUCUCCUAAUAGGCAGUUCUUAUGAACCAGUUUUUCUAUUCAGUGCUUGCUGGUCCAGAGCCAUGAUAUUUAAGUGCCUUUAUAUAGUGACACCUUUGAGGGCUAGUCUAAAGCAGGGGUUCUCAAACUUUCUGGCUUUGGAGAACCCCUCUUUUGCUGAUAUGCUUAUACAUGGAGCGUCGCAGUAAAUUAACCAAAUGCACAGUAUCUAUAACGCAUAAAUGAAAACAAAAAGGUGCAUUAAUAACUGGAUCAUGUAAACAGACUUUGCGUUGGUUGCCUAUUGUGCAUUUGCACCUGCAUUACUAUGUUAUACUUGCAGUUGGAAGUGUCUGUAAGUGACCUUCUUGUGGAGAUGAGGUUUCUAAAGAUGUAAGCAAUUCCAUCUCGUUGGCAAUCAUGUUGUGACAUGAGCACGUUGACAUAAAAUUUCACAGGAAAUAUGGGCAACAGUUUCCCAGCCAUGUGAGCAAUACCCAAGUAGCUCCCCGACUGCUUGAGCCCUUGGCAUUUUCGGUUGGGCAUGUUAUCUUUAUUCUCACAAUAAUACAUAGAUAUUUUCUUCCUCGCCGCUGAUAUUCAAUGUGCCUUGACCAUAAAGGCACCACCCUAUGCAUUAUGGGCCAUAAAUAGCAUUGUGUUGCAAACAACAUCUAAGUGAAUUGGGAAAUUUCAUUUUUCCCCCAUUACACAUUUUGCCGCACCACUCAUGGAGCCCUGUAGUAUCGUAUCUACCAUUCCUGACUCAUUUUCAUCAUUUUUCACACAUCUGCAAAACACCUUCUGCAUCUAAUUUGAUAAAAAAGAAAUUGUAAACCAUUUGCGCACGUGUUGUAAUAACCAGACUGAGUAGGAAUAGAGGAAGCUUUAGCUCGACAGCUUCUAUCUAGGUACAUGGGAACAGAGAAGUCGUUUUUCUCUGCAACCACUGCACCAAUACUGAUGAGGUAUCUUCAGUUUAAAAGAAAAAGCUAGAACCUAGUGGCUCUAGGAAGUGAAAUAUUUAUUUAGUCUACAAAUUCUUUCAGAGAAAUUUUUGACAUUUCCAAAAUUAAAGAAAAGCUAAAUUAUAAAACUCCGUGUCCUCAUUUUUCUGUUGCCCUGUGUGUUCAAUUUGCACUACAGUGUGCAUGAUGCCUUACUGACUAACCUAUCAGCCGAUCCUUUCGAACUUCAUCUCAAGUUUACAACUCAAACUCAGCAAUGAAGAGCAAUACCACAGUAAACUGCUUGGACCGCAAGGCUCCUUCCCAGAUAACGGUGCCCUGGUUCCGAUUUCCUUGAGCAAACAUUGUGCCACAGAUACUAAUAGAUGGAAAGGAUAACCUGCCUCCGUGAGCCUGCGCGUUUGCUCCCGAAAGCUGUCAGAAAUGCUAUGAUGGCACGAUUUUUGCAACGCGUUUCUGUAACAUGACUUAACUCUGCCUCGUUUUACGAUUUUCGAAUGCGCAGAUUGGAAGGGCAAAAUAGGCUUGUUUGCACGCAGUUCGUAUUGCCAACGCCCAGACUUAGUUUUAAGUCAAGAAACCUAAUUGCUCCACCGUCUGGCUCGUCACUUGUGAUCACCAAUCGCUCUAGCCCCUCUCUCAAAAUUCUUUCAAGGUGUGUCAACAGCGACUGAUUCUUGUUAUCAACGUUGUCCACUAAAACUAAAUAAUCACCAACAAACCUGAACACACGAGCAACCUCUAAUAUGCUAUACCAACACGCCCAGUCGUCAACCUUCGUGUCUGAUCACAUAUAACAUUCAAACACACACAAAAAAAACACAAGGACACAUAGGAUAUAGAGAGCAGGCUUCAUAACCCUAUCCUAACCUUCCGUGCAUACUGUGUAUCAUAUGGUGGUGGUGUGUGGCACCGUGUCACGCGAGGAGAGCACACACUGUAGUUCAGCUUGGACUGGUCUGAAGAAUGGGUGUGGGCCAGCGAUGGUCUAGAGGGAUGUGUGCCGGUGACUACCAAAGUGGCUACUCGUCCGCUUAGGCGCCUGUUCCCAAGGCCCAACAGGACCAGCCAAUGCACGAACGGCAACCGGUCCGCUGUGGCACCUGCUUUGAGGGCUCGGCAGGACCAGAGGACGAUCCCAGGCGGCUGACGGUCCGCCCUGGUGCCAGUGCCUGCGGUCCCUCCCGAGAGUUGCUGAGCGGUGCUACGGUCCGCGUGGCCACCAGCAGUGCUGCUGGCACAGUUACGUUGGCAGAAGCCAGCAGAGCUUUUCAUCAAUGGGCCUACCACAUCCCCCGAGCCACAGAGUGGUAGGUGGCCUUCCCCAGUGCCAGGGCGUGGACAGCUCCACAAGCUGAUACACCCACACACAGUGUGCGUACCGUGAGUGCACCACCGUGAGACUGCGCUUGGGAUAGUUGUCCAUCAGGUGAAAAUGGUCACACGUAGGAUAGCAAACUAUACCAUGUAUGCACAGAUGGUUAGGAUAGGGUUACGCGGCCUGCUCUUUAUAUGCAUAAGUGUUCUAUGUCUUCUUGUUUUUUAUAUAUGUGAUCAGACGUGAAGGAAAUAAAGGCAAUGUGUGUUCCCCAUGCAUUUCUUACUGGGUGUGAGGUCCUGGGCCCAUGAGCCUUUCACAAGGUUUUAGCAGAUGUAGUUUACAGAACUGCAGUAUCCAUUUUUGUUACAGAGAGACCGAUUUGUAAACUUCAUGCCUAAAUUUUGUUAACGCAUUAUAUGGCUGAUGGUGAUUAUAUGGUGCAUUAUAUGGCUGAUGAGGCAGAAAAUCUGUCAUUGUUGUGACCACAUGAUAGUCCAAAAAGGCUACGCACCCUCGACCUUUGGUGGGAGUCGAACCCACAACCUUUGGUUUUAAUUAUAAGGCACAGUUAAUUAAGAUAGGGUUAAUUCAGGCACUCGCACCCACGAGCUUCGGUGACAGUCAAACCCAUAACCCUUGGUGUUAAGGCUAAGUUAAAGGGUCCCUCACCAGGUCUGGGCAUUUUGAGUUGACAAGCGUCAUGCAUACAAUGCAGGUUAACGAUCAUGUCUGAUAAGUAUUACAUCGCUACGUGCUGCAUAAAGAGCGAAAAUUUCAAACCGAGCGCCAUUGCCCUUGUGCUCACGGGCGCUGCGCUUCAAGCCGGAGGGUUGACGUAUACGUGCAUGGAUGUGUGCCAUGACGUCGCUCAUAGUGACAUGGGACUUUGAGAAUUAUUCAAGGCAGCAUUUGUUAUUUGCAUAAUUUGUUGCUUCAGUAGAUGAAUUAAAGUUUAGAGAAAUAAUAAAACACACGAACCGAAUGUAUUUGUGCUUUUGUUUUACUUCACACCGAAGCAAGAGAGAUGUAGUUCCCUUUUGUCUGCGUGUUCCCAUGUCGUGCAGUCACAUGCGCAGACUCCAAAACUAUCUCGUUUCCUACCAUGUUCCAGUGCGCGAUCAUGCUCUCUGAUCCGCUUGUGUCUGCCUCAGUGUUCGUGUAGCACUAACUUGUACUGCUAGUCAGGUGUUCUCAUGCAUAGUGGGCAAAGUAAAGUCAUGCACUGCAUCAAACGAGACAAACAUAACAACUCGCUUGCGACACUGUCAGCAGAAGUGUACCAUGCAGCAAAAAGGGAGGGGAAAAAAAAUGAAGGCGGGGCCCAUGAUGUAUGCAUCGCGUGAUCCUCGAGCUCCGACAUGGGAGAACGCAGGGAAGGAAUUUCACUUGCAGAGGCUAGACGGUGCAGGUGGAGAGUGUCCUUCUAUGCAGUGGCACUCGCCUCCUGAAAUCAUGGGUUCGCGGCACUGAAAUAUUUCUAUCUCAGGUACUAAUGAACCAAUUUGAAAAAUGGUUGUGGCAGAAUGCUCCCUAAAGAGCAUGUAACAACUUCCAGCAUAUAACGAAAAUUUGCUACGUGGCUUGGUGAAGGGACAGUUAAUUAAGAUGGGGUUAAUUAAAGCACUCAAAACCACCACCUUUGGUAGAAGUUGCACCCUCGUUUGUAGGUGGGAGUCAAACCCGUGACCUCUGAUUUUAAUUAAGGAGAAGUUAAUUAAGGCACUUGAACCCACUACCUUUGGUGGGAGUCGAACCCACAAUGUUUGGUGUUAAUUAAGGCACAUGUACUUUAACUAAACUUAAUUAAGGCACUCGAACCCAUGACCUUUCGUGUUAGUCAAACGUACAACCAUUGGUGGGAAUCGAACCCACCUUUGGUGUAAAUUAAAUUUAAUUAUGGCACAGUUAAUUUAUAUAGAGUUAAUUGAGGCACUCAAACCCUCAACCUUUGGUGGGAAUGGGACCCACAACCAUUAGUGUUAAUUAAGGUGGAGUUAAUUAAGACACAGUUGAUUAAGAUAUAGUUUUAAUUAAUCUACUCAAACCCACAUCUGUGGGAGUCGAGCCCACGACCUUGUGUUGUGCACACCUUGUGACAAACACCAUUGGUCAUGUGAUGCACGGUGCUUCUGCUGAUGUGGCUGCUCGAGUGGCAUGACUCCGCCAGUGGCACCACCAGACGUCGCCACGCUUCUGCUGAUGUGGCCGCAAUUCAUCCACAUAGGUAUAACCAAGUGCCCCUUGAAUUUUUUAGCUUACCAGUUAUUGGGAAUUUCUUAAUAAAUGGCAGGCCAUAAAUACACAUUUUGCUUCCUAGAGGAACUAGAAUUUAACUCUCUCUUUCUCCCAAAUUUAACAAAUUGCAUUAAAAUUGGCCUUGGAAAAGCAGUACUACAUUUUACAUGUAUUUGCAUACGCUGCAUCAGAGAAGGUCCCGAGCUUCUCUUAACACAGGGAGCACAGAAGCUUGUUUGUGAAAGAGCAAAAGGGUAGGCCUAGCAUGACAACAAAUACCAAGAUGAUGAGCGGAUGUACAUUUGCAUAGUUUUCUUGAUGCUUACUCUGAAAUUUAUGCAUUGAAUUCUCAAUAAGUUUUCAUUUCUGUCAUGUCCCAUGUGUCUUUGUUAUGGCUCUUGACAUAACAAGAAGCAUUUGUAUAAUCUUACUGAUUGUUUUAUCUUUUGCAGAAAUAUGCACGUACUUCUAGACUGUGGAGAAUGUGUACAUUUUCGCAUGUCCUUGAUGUAAUAGUUGCAUUCUCUAAGCUGAGCAUUUAAGCUGCAGCAAGUUUGCCCAGUGUACUCCUCCCAUCAAAAAAGGCAUAUAUAGUGUGCCUCACGUAACUUGUGCCAAGAAUUAAAAAGUGGUUAGCCGCAGCUGAAUUAAGCCAACGACAUAUGGUUUGCCGUCAUGUGGCACUCCUUAUAGUACUUUUUAUAUUGUACUUAAUUAGUUAAAUAACUAAGAUCAAAUAUGCAAAAUUUUUAAUAUUCCCUUUAGGCCCAAGCGCAUUUUAUUAUGUUGUAAAGGGCAUUUCAAAAUUACCAAUCCAGUUUUUUUAUGGCAAUGUACGUGCUGCGUGAUGAUUUUUUUCGGCGUUUAAGGAAAGCCCGCACAAUAUGAGAUCAAACCUGCACUCGUGCACUAUCGUAUUGCAGCAUGCUCCACCGUGCGUCGAGCCUAUCACUUCUCAGGGACGCCGGCGCUUCCUUUCUGUGUGCCCCCUCCAAGGAUGCCAACGCACUGUGAAGCCGAUGCCCAGAGCCCUAGCCGCUCACUUUGCCACGGUCCGCACGCACUGCAAUUGAGAGCCCUGCAAUUUCAUAGCACAUGAGCACAGUCACGGGGUUUUGUUUCAUAUUUUGUGGGCUUUCUUUAAAUGGUGGAAAGAAUCUCCACACAGCAUGUACAUUGCCACAAAACAUUGGGUCGGUCGUUUCUGAACCCCCCUACAAUGCAAUGAAACGCACUUGGUCCUAAAGUGAAUAUUAAAAAGUUUGCAUAAUUAAUCUUAGUUAAUUAAUUAAGCAGAAUAUAAAAAUACUCUAAGGAGUGCCACAUGAUGGCAAACCAUAUGCCGUUGGUUUCAUUCAACCGCGGCUAAUUUUUUUAAAUGCUUGGCACAAGUUACGUGAUACACCCUGUAUACAUGCUAUGCUCUAAUGCAACUUAUGAAUGAAAAUAUUUUUGUUUGCAUUUUAUUUGGACAUUUAUCUUGCUCUUGAGCUGGUUUUAGAAUCACUGUUUUGCACAAGCUUAUGGGCAAAAUGCAAGCCAUUUAUUUGAUAUCGGGUUCUCACUUUCUUUUGUUCGUGCCAAGAGGUACUGCACAGAAGCAUGCCUCAUUUUCCUUUCUUUUUUUCUUGUCCUGUGUUUUGCCUUUAAAAUAUUUUCUUUUAUAAAGGCAAAAAUCAGGGGCCACCUAUGACAGUUCGAAACUCUUUUUAUAAAGUGCUACUAUUGACACAUGCAAAUUCAGUAUUUCAUAUAUCGCCAACAUGGCUGCAUUGUCUGCACUCCUUGUUUGACCUUACUUAUUGUGAUGCAAUGCCAAAUUGCCUGUAUGUUUUUCCAUAAGCUAUGCUUCGAAUUUCAAACAGCUGGUGCCUGCUUUCUUCAUUAUUUAGAUGUUCAACAGUACCACACCAUGGGGCACACAAAGCUCAUAGGAUGUCCACUUUGCAUUGUCAGGCAUGGCCGAGAGUCUUGUAUUCAUUGUGUUGCGAAAUGCCGUAGCAAAGACUGUCCCAAGCAAUGAGGCAAUUCGUCUUUGGGCGGGCUUGACACACUGUACUGCUGUUGCAUGUGUUGGCAGCAAUGUAGGUUUUCAUGUACCAGCAUUUGUAGCACUAAUGAUGAUUUAAAGUAGCAAACAUCAGUGACCAGUCUUGCUUAAUUGCAGGGUGAUGCAUGGUGAUGGACAACGUGUGUGCAAUACAAAGCUUUUGUUCAUUAAAGUAAGUGAACGUUAA